AUGGCGGAAGCGGUGGAGGUGCUGGCGAACCGCGCGAAGAUGGUGCGGAUAGGCCGGAAGGACGAGCAUGGCGGGAACCAUUAUGCAGGUGGAAACAGCUUCAGCUCCUCCAAGGCUGGGAGUGCCUUCUCGAGGAUCAGUAGCGGCCAUGAGAGCACGACUAUGAUACCCGCAGCGGACGAGCACGGAGUGAUCAUCGAAGGGAUCCUACAGAAGAAGAUCAUCAGAUCCACCGUGUCUUGGCAGCCACAGAGAGUAAGGCUGUCGAGUACAGACAUGGUGUUCUCAGACAUCAAGACGGACGAGGUUCUGGACAGCAUCUUCCUACACGAGAUCGAUCAUGUCCUGAAAGCUGUAGACAGCGAGGAGGAUCUCAAACCCAAGAACACCGGCAGCAUGCUAUUGAUGGAGACGCGCGAGGAUGAGAUCAUAGAUAGUGACGACGACUCGAGGACCUUUGUCAUCAAGACUUCAGCCGAGGGGCACAACCUGGGGAGAGUUUACUCGUACCGGACGUCUUCCGAUCCAGAGUUCACCAACUGGUUGAAGUCGAUCAAGAGUGCAGUCAAGCACGCGAAGCAGGAACAUGAGAAGAAAGUUCUAAUAGCGGAGAUCGGAGACAGUAAGGUUGCACUGUUCCGCGCCCGGUUGAAGAGGCUCUACCAAUCGAACCGCUAUCAGUUGUGCCUUGCCAUAUGCAUCUUGUUCUCCUACAGCAUGGACGUCGUCGAAGCCGAGAUCAACCCCGAGAGCGGCUCGUAUAUGGACAGAGCUCUCAGCCUUACUGACACAGUCACCUCAACCUUCUUCUGCUUCGAGCUUGCCAUCAACAUGUUUGCCAAGAGCGCCAACAGAUUCAAAGAGUUCUACUCCGAUCCUUGGAACAUUCUGGAUUUCUUCGUUGUGACUACCUCCAUGCUCACUGCCCUCAUGCCGCUCGCCAUGUCCUCGUUGCGAGUCCUGCGUCUCAUAAGGAUGUUCGAAGUUGUCACCACAGACGCCUGGGCCUCGAUGAUCACUCGCUCGCUCUUCGGCCCGCAGGGUCAGGUGGACAGGGCAGUUGCCUUCUUCUUCAUCUCCUACGUCCUCCUUGCAGGUCUGGUGCUGACCAACAUCGUGGUGGCCGUGCUGCUCGACGAGUUUAUCGCAUAUGUCUCAAGGGAGAAGGAGCAGAUUGAGAGCCAGAAGGAGCAGGAGAGGGAGGCGGAGUGGAUGGAAAAGAAAGUGACGGGGGUCCUGGACCCGCUCACUCACUCGCUGGCGCAUUUCAAUGACAAUGAAGACCUGACGACGAAGAUCAGAACGACUUUCGACCGCCUCGACGUGGACAAGUCGGGGGGGCUUACGUUCGAGGAGUUCAAGACGAGGGUGAGAGAGCUGCCGACAGCUUCUCCUGUCCAUCUCAACAAGGACGACUUCGACAUCAUCACUGAGCAGGGGGCCCUAUGCAACGAGGACGGAGAAUUUAGUGCGCAGCAGUUCCAGCACAUGAUGAGGGGGGAGAUGAAAAACUUUGCGCAGCGACAGAUGGCGAGCUCGAUGGAGUGGACGCAGAGCAGAGAGCUGAGGUCGAUCAUGCUCAUGCUCAAGAUCCUGGGGAUCUCCAUCGACACGAUCGCCAAGCAGACACGAGAUACGCACACGAAGCAGGACAACCACCAGCAGGACAGCCUCGCGCUUGUGCUGAAGAAACUUGAGGGGAUAGAGAGGGCCCUGCAGGAGGAGCAGGAGAAGAGGAGGAGGGUCACUUCUGCUGUUAAGAGCAUCCACACCGACAUCAGGACCCUCUGCGCGCAUUUCUCCCUCGACAACUCGAGGACGAGACCGCAGGAGCAGGAGGGGGAGAUGAGGAACUCGGUCCCUCCCCAGGAGGCAGCAGAGAGCAGGAAGUCGCCGCUCGCGCAGGACGACGAGCUCCUGAAAAACUUCGGCCGUGUCUUCGAGCACUUCGAGGAGAUGGAGGAGAACUUGGUGAGCAUCUCGAACCGCGUCGACAGCUUCCGCAUGCUGGAGCAGCGGCUCGCCCUCCUCGAGAAGUUCGCGGCUUCUUCCAUCUCCUCCCCCAGCUCCCAGGUUCCUCCCCCAGAUUGGGGUAGCCCUGCUCCUCGACCCUCGCCCCCUGCAAACGGCCCUGGUCGUGCAGGAGCGGGAGGGAGACAGCGAUCGGUCUCCCUGCGCGCCUCCUCAACUGACAGGUCAUACAGCUCGCUGCUCUCGUUGGGCGACAAGUCGGACACAGUCAUGAUCAAGCGCGAGUUCGUGUCACAGCAUCUCGUGCCAGCCAGUCUGACGAAGAAGCAGCUGCAGGAGCUGCAAGUCUCGUUUGCUCCCUCCCGCAAGGUUCCCUGA